AUCAACGGGGCAAAGUUCAAAUUUAUUCAAUCGUAAUCUAAUCGUUGAAGUUAACGGAGAAUUAUUAACCUAGGAAGGAUAAUUAAUCAACGACUCGAAGACUGAAAUCUUUAAAAUGGUGAUACUGCACGACGAUGAAUAUUACAGGAAAAGAAUGCCGCAGCCUGAUUUAGGACCUCUCCGCAAUUUUACACGAUUCAUUUGGAACAGAGAUACCAAAGCGUUUUUAGACAGAACCGCUGCGGAAUGGGGACAAUUGGGGCUGUUUUAUCUGUGCUUCUUCGCGGUGCUGGGGUCGAUAUUCGCAGCGCAAAUGAAGAUAAGCAUCGAUUACGCUUCCCGUUUAGACAGACCGUUCUUUCAGUACCCUGGCGUACAGAAUUCCUUGAGGACCAAUUUACGAGUUGUUCGUAGGACUUUCGGUAGCCCGGGCAUAGUGUUUAAACCGAGCAGCGUGUCAGCAGUAUCACCAAUUAUUUUCGUAAGCAAUUCAACUAAUAACACAAAGCCAGAAAGAUACGUCGACGUACUAACAGGAUUGUUAGAAGAAUAUAAUAAGAGUGUGUCAGACUACGAUUCGAACUGCUUCAACGAGCAGUAUAAAUCAGACGAUAAUAAGAAGCCUUGUUUCUUCGACGUAACGACUCUUGGUAAAUGUAGUAAACCGCCGUACGGCUAUACGAAACCUAUGCAACCCUGUGUCCUGAUUAAAUUCAAUAAGAGAUUCGAUUGGGUGCCCGAAUAUUAUAAUUCGACUUCGCAUUUACCCGAAGCGAUGCCUGACUGGUUAAAAGAAAUCGUGAAGGAGUCAUCGAAGGUUCAUAAAGUUUGGUUGUCGUGCGACGGGGCUAAUAACGUGGACAGGGAGCACAUCGGCGAAAUAGAAUACAUCCCCGAUCCCGGGUUUCCAGUCCAAUACUUCCCAUUCACCGGGAAAUCCAAUUAUUUGUCUCCGAUCGUAGCGUUGGAAUUUAAAAAUUUGACGCCGAACAGAUUAGUGACGGUGGAGUGUGAUCUGUGGGCUUCGAACAUCAAUCAACGAUCUGGUUAUUCGUUAGACUUUCAGAUAAUGAUAGGUAACAGUUUAAUACUGAAGACUCUGGAGGAAUGA